AUGGGUAUCCUCAAACGUGUCGCCAAGAUAACCACCAUUGGCGCUGGCGUCGGCACAGCGUUCUUCUUCGCAGCCGUCCGUCACAACACCUUCGUGCCGAUGCCCACAAGCGACCCUCUCUUCCAGCACCCUCUGUACCAGAAACUCAAUCCCAACAACAACCCCACAACCCAUGACCUCUGUGUGCGUCGCGUACCACUCAAGGACAUUAAGCCCGCCUUGCUGGAAAAGCCAGGCCGACUGACCGAGGCGUUUUGCGCCGGAGUGUGGAGUGGAUUCGGAUACGCCUAUCAACGCCGCUACCUCUCCAAGAAAUACGAAGGCCCCGAAACCGCUUCUCACCUCUGGACGCGCGCGGACCUACGCGCCGCGACAUACGACGUGGGCACGCUGAUCACAGAUCACUUCGAGGUGGUAGAAAAGACGCCGGAGCGGAUUGUCGUGCGGUGCGGAGAUUCGCCCCGCAAGAAGGACGUGCGGGAAUCGGAUGGACUGUUUGAAAUUUCGACGGAGGUCAAGCCCCAAGAGGGAGUUGCGGAGUUCCGGCUCAAGAGUCUGUUCUUCCAAGGCAAGGGGAAGGCGGAGAGCGAGCCAAUGCCCUCGCAUGUGGUUUGGUUGCAUCAGCAGUAUACGAAAUUGUGGUUGGAAACGGCGUUGGGAAAUAUUUGGCGGUGA